GGCAGGAUUCCGAGGACGUGGGCAUCUCCUCCCGCAGCCCCCUCCCCGACAGAGAACCGGCUACCCGGGCCGGGAUGCUCGCCCGGGAGCAGGCUGCCUGAGCCGGAGGCCCCGGGAGCCGGCAUGUACCUGCUGGACGGCGGCGGCGGCAGCAGCAGUAGUCCCGAGCCGGGCCCGGCCACCAUGCAGCGGGGGACGCCCCAGAGGAAGACCGUCUACCGCAUCUCUGUGACCAUGGUGAAGCAGGAGCUGCUGCAGCCGCCGUCGCCACCCCCGGGGACCACGGGCGACGCGGUGGACACUCGGGGGCCCGGUGCUCCCAGGCAACGGCGGCGGCGGCGGCUGCCCACGGCCACGGCCAGUCUGCCCCGGGGCGGCCUGCUGAUGGAGGAGGCCGGGGAGUACCUGGCGGAGGAGGACCAGGAGGACGACGACGGUCCGGAAGACCCGGCGGGAGACGACCGCGUCCCCAGCCCCCGCAGCUUUCGGACCCGCAGCACGGGCCACUUGGAGCUGGGCCGCCUCAAGGUGCCCAGUCGGCCGGAGCCCGUCCAGCAAGGGCCUUUGGCGGGGAGAACGGCCGAAGCCGCGGCGGCUAAGCCGUCGGGCUGCAGGCUUGGGAGCCCCUCGGGGGGCGACGGCGGCGAGCCGGAGGAGGAGGACGCAGACGAGGAGAAGCAGCUGGCCCUUGGCGGCCCGAGAUUUGUAGGAGACCCCGGGGCCGAGAGCCCCAGGAGUGUUAGCCCUCUCCCCGCGGCCGGGGCGGCACUGAGCAGCCCCGAGGAAGCCCCCGGCUCGGAGGUGGAGGAGCAGGGCUCCGGAGACCCCCGUGCCGAAGGGCCUCCCCAGCGGCUCCUCCGGAGGAGCCUCAGCUUCCGCCACUGGCCGGGCGGGGAGGUGCUGCAGCUGCGGGCCCUCUCCCGGGACAAGCACCACCGCAGCUCCGGCUGCCUGCACCAGCAGCCCGAAGGGGAGCCCCUCUGGGCCACAGCAGAUCCCGGGGACGCCCCGGACGUAGAUGGGGCGGCGAUGGGCCCCUGUGCCCCGGCGGAGCCCCUUCCCCAGCCGCAGCCCCAGCCCCAGCCGUCGGAGAAGCGCAACACCCUGGACGUGGGCGAGGUGCUCAGCAAGGUGGACCCGCUGGCGCUGUCGGAGCUGGAGCGCUGGGAGCGCAGCAAGAGCAAGAACCGCACGUUGGAUAACAGCGACCUGCAGCGGCUGGAGCGGGCCCAGGCCCAGGCCGCCGGGGGCCGGGGCCUCUUCCCCGGGGCCGCCCUGGGACCUCCCGAGCACCGGCUGCUGCGCUUCUUCAGCGGCAUCUUCGCCAGGAAGGACGGCACCUCGACCCCGUUCGCCAGCCCCGAUGGCAGGUCCCCCCGAGGCAGCUUCGCCCGCUCUCGCGGCUAUUUCAGCAGCCUCAAGAGGGUCGCCCUGGACAUGCAAUCCAGCAGUGAGAGCAUCGGCGGAUCCCCGCAGAAAGAUGCGUUUGUGAAUAGCCAAGAAUGGACAUUAAGUCGAUCCGUGCCAGAGCUGAAAGUGGGAAUUGUGGGUAAUUUGGCUAGUGGCAAGUCUGCCCUGGUCCACCGGUAUCUGACUGGCACCUAUGUUCAGGAAGAAUCACCUGAAGAUGUGGAUGCAGGUGGGAGAUUCAAGAAGGAGAUAGUUGUGGAUGGACAGAGCUAUCUGCUGCUGAUUAGAGAUGAAGGGGGCCCUCCAGAAGCACAGUUUGCCAUGUGGGUGGAUGCUGUUAUAUUUGUCUUCAGCUUGGAGGAUGAGAUCAGCUUCCAGACAGUUUACCAUUACUACAGUCGAAUGGCCAACUAUCGGAACACGAACGAGAUCCCCAUGGUACUGGUGGGAACCCAGGAUGCGAUAAGCUCCAACAACCCACGUGUCAUCGACGAUGCUCGAGCCCGGAAACUGUCAAAUGACCUGAAGAGAUGCACGUACUACGAGACAUGCGCGACCUACGGCCUGAACGUGGAGCGCGUGUUCCAAGAUGUUGCUCAGAAGAUUGUUGCCACCAGGAAGAAGCAGCAACUUUCCAUAGGACCCUGCAAGUCAUUACCAAACUCCCCCAGCCACUCCUCUGUGUGCUCCGCCCAGGUCUCUGCCGUGCAUAUCAGUCAGACGAGCAAUGGAGGAGGGAGCUUGAGUGACUAUUCGUCCUCCGUCCCGUCCACUCCAAGCACCAGCCAGAAAGAGCUACGCAUUGAUGUCCCUCCUUCUGCCAACACUCCGACUCCCGUCCGCAAGCAGUCCAAGCGGCGAUCCAACCUGUUCACAUCUCGGAAAGGGAGCGACCCAGACAAAGAGAAAAAAAGCCUGGAGAGUCGAGCGGACAGCAUUGGAAGCGGCCGUGCAAUUCCAAUUAAGCAGGGCAUGCUAUUAAAACGAAGCGGCAAAUCAUUGAAUAAAGAAUGGAAGAAGAAAUACGUCACCCUGUGUGACAACGGUGUCCUGACCUAUCACCCAAGUUUACACGAUUACAUGCAGAAUGUCCAUGGGAAGGAAAUCGAUCUUCUGAGAACCACUGUGAAAGUCCCAGGGAAGAGGCCCCCCCGGGCCACGUCGGCCUGCGCCCCUAUCUCCAGUCCCAAGACCAAUGGCCUCGCCAAGGACAUGAGCAGUUUGCACAUUUCGCCAAAUUCAGGGAAUGUUACUGCCAGUGCGUCUGUGUCUCAGAUGGCAAGUGGCAUCAGCUUAGUGUCCUUCAACACGCGCCCCGAUGGGAUGCACCAACGCUCCUACUCCGUCUCCAGCGCUGACCAGUGGAGUGAAGCCACAGUCAUUGCCAACUCGGGCGUCAGCAGCGAUACAGGUUUGGGCGAUUCAGUUUGUUCAAGCCCCAGCAUAUCCAGCACCACAAGCCCCAAACUCGAUCCUCCGCCUUCCCCCCACGCCAACAGGAAAAAACACAGACGGAAGAAAAGUACCAGCAAUUUCAAGGCAGACGGGCUCUCGGGCACGGCUGAAGCCAAACGCAAAGCGUGGAAACUAAACCGUGUUGGUAGCCUGCGAAAUAUAUACAGCAGCAGCAGCACCAACACCGAAGAACAAGAAGAAAACUUUGAGUUUAUCAUUGUGUCCCUCACCGGCCAGACAUGGCACUUUGAAGCCGCCACAUAUGAAGAGCGGGACGCGUGGGUCCACGCCAUCGAGAGUCAGAUCCUGGCCAGUUUACAGUCUUGUGAGAGCAGCAAGAACAAGUCCCGCCUGACGAGCCAGAACGAGGCGAUGGCCCUGCAGUCGAUACGGAACAUCCGAGGGAAUUCACAGUGUGUGGACUGUGAGGCUCAAAACCCAAACUGGGCCAGCCUGAACUUGGGUGCUCUCAUGUGCAUCGAAUGCUCAGGGAUACACCGGAAUCUCGGCACGCACCUUUCCCGUGUCCGGUCGCUAGACCUCGAUGACUGGCCCAUUGAACUCAUCAAGGUCAUGUCCUCCAUUGGGAACGAGCUGGCCAACAGUGUCUGGGAAGAGAGCUGCCAAGGACACAUGAAGCCCUCGCUGGACUCCACCAGGGAAGAAAAGGAACGGUGGAUACGAGCUAAGUACGAGCAAAAGCUCUUCCUGGCUCCUCUCCCAUGCAUGGAGCUCUCUCUGGGCCAGCACCUGCUGAGGGCCACGGCAGAUGAGGACCUGCGGACUGUCAUCCUGCUCCUGGCCCAUGGGUCCCGGGAAGAAGUCAAUGAGACCUGCGGGGAGGGGGACGGACGCACAGCUCUCCACCUGGCCUGUCGGAAGGGGAACGUGGUUCUGGCACAACUCUUGAUCUGGUAUGGUGUGGAUGUCAUGGCUCGAGAUGCCCAUGGAAACACGGCUCUGGCGUAUGCCCGGCAAGCCCCGAGCCAAGAGUGCAUUGACAUUCUCCUGCAGUACGGCUGUCCUGACGAGCGCUUUGUCCUCAUGGCUACCCCCAACCUGUCCCGGAAAAACAACAAUCGGAACAACAGCAGCGGCCGGAUGCCCACCAUCCUCUGAGUUGUGAGUGCGGCUCUGUCGGCACCCCAAGAGCAGCAGCCCUCGUUGUACCCUUUCUCCUCCAAAUUACAACCUGUGAGUGUCGUGAGGUCCCACCUCCCACCUUCCCCAGGGAUGGCGGCCUUCCUCCCUGACCACCUGGCCUCCAUCCUAGCCCAGCCCACCCCCCUAAAAAAUCAGAAAUCUGGACAAACACGAGGAGAAGGAAAGAGGACCACAGAAUGAACGAUCCUCCUUAAAGAUCUUAAUGAUGAACAUAGAAAGAGGGAGGAAGAAACCCAGCGUGGCCCUGGUCCUUUGAUCAUGCUUAACACUCGGCAUGGGACCGACCAUUUUACGGGUUGUCCGCAGACUGUCUCGGCAAGUGAUGGGGGGGAGGGAGGAAGAGGAGGCAGAAGGAAGAAGGAACGGUAACUUUCCUUAGCUGCCAGUUAAGCACAUCAGUACUUUUCCCCGCUCCCAAACAGAACCCCUGGAUUUCAUUCUCUUUGCCGAGGAGCUUGACGACAUAAAUCAGAAGCAAGCACAGAGUUUGUCAGGUUGGAAGCCCCUAUGAUGGUGUGUGUCAAAUCAGUUGUAGCUAAUCUGUCCAGGGAGAAUACUGGCUUCAUUACACUUGUAUAGUUGAGCUCUUCCAGCAUUACCGCUGUUUAAUAGGACAUGAUUAGUCAUCACGGAGAAAAAAGCAUAUUAGCUGAGAAGGUAGUUACUCGGCACGCAUCGGCGAUUGCCUGGAUGUGAUUGCAAUAUUCUUCCGAGCAUCAUAUUAUCUCAGACAUGUUCUUCGGAGCCCUUGGAGUCCUCCUUUCUAAAUUCACUGUCAUAAUUUAGGAUCUGUUUAAUUUUUCAGCCCAAAGAGAGAAAAGCAGUUGCCGAGUAUUAUUUGACUGUAGUCUCCUUGGUGUUAACAACAAAAUGGGAAAAAAUAAAUAAGAGUAACGAUGAAAUCCAGAAAGAAAUUGUGAACCCUGCUAACAAUCACAUUUCAAGUACGUUUAGUCAACUCAAUAGACGAGUCCACAGUGAUUUUUUUUCUUUCCAGCCGAGAGAGAGAGAGAGAGAGAGAGAGAGAGAGAGAGAGAGAGAGAGAGAGAGAGGGAGAAAGAGAGCGAGAGAGAAAGAGAGAGGGAGGGAGGGAGAGGGAGGUUUGGGGUUUUUUUUUCUGUCCUUUGGCCAAGGUGGAUGUGUCAAAUUCAGGGGUCCCUCUCAUGCUGUGUUGCCUAAGUUAUACAGAUUUUUGUACUGUGUCUUUAGAUGAGUGUAAAAUCUAUUUGAAUAAAAAAAAAACUUCACAAAGAUGGCACCUCCACUGAUUUGGAAAUUGACCUACAUGUGAAAACAUCAUGGAGCAACUUGAGGGGAUGGGAGGGUUACGGGUCAUUGACACAGAAAGGGUCCCGACAGCGGGCACUUCCCAUCUAUUUUUGUAUAUUCUUAAAGAACACUUUAGGAUGAGAUGGCGGCCCAUUUUAUUGAUUUUGUAAAAGGUGAUACUGAAUCUUGUUAGAAAGCAAAGGAGAGGGGAGGGUGGUUUUCAUCUGGGGAAACAAUGUAAAUGUCGUAACCCUUUUGCAGAUGGAGACAAAGGGCUGUGUCUCUAGGGAAGAGCCGACUUGUGUAAUAAAACCCAAAAGCUCGGGCUGGGGGCCCAUGAAGAGUAUCCCUUCUCACUUCCUCCUCUGGCUGUUCUUGGGGGGAAACAAAUGAAAACUCCCUCCCCCCCAGUUGCCCAUGGUGAUACAUAUCUUGCUGUUUGGUUAUUGCUACACUAGGCUAUUCCGGACCCCACCAACUUCAGACAUGGUGAAACAAACAGGACUGUUUCCAAGGCAGAGGAGCUGGGAUUCUUAUGAGGCCACUGGGAGUAGGAAGGUGGAGAGAAAGGUCUGAGACCCUGGAAGGGGAAAUCUGGCCUGAAUUAGACAGUGCUGGACAGUGUUUCCAGCCCCACCCAGAUAAAUAUUCAAAACCCCCUAAUUCAGGUUUUUCAUGUGUCAUCUAUGUUUCAAAUGGCUUGAGAGGUUCAUUGGUUUGUUCAGGUUUUUUUCUUUUCCUUAAAAAAAAAAGAAGUUUGAGCAAAACACCAAGCACAGAGUGGAAUGUAUAUGUGAACAAAAUGUUCAAAAUCAGUUUCUCAUCUGAAUUAAACUCUCUGGAAUGUCGGUUCCUAAGAAUGGGAGAGGGAGGGUGUGUGAUAUUGAGUGUGAUACCAAGAAUGCUACCCAGAUUUCAUUCCAGUGUGCCUGCCUCUGCCGAUGUUUCUCCCCACCUCCCCCCUUCUUCCUCCUCCUCUCUUUCUUCCUCUCCCUGCCUCCUACCACAGAAGCCCAUCAGUUAUAGUUACAUCUCCCAAGAGCAGGAAGUGCAUUUAACAUGUUGUUGAUGUUGCAGGAAGAAGUCUACACUCCUGAGCCCAAGUUUGGGCAACAAAAGGUUUCAAAAGGAGGAGGUGGGGUGUUUUUUUGGGGGGGGGUGGAGCGAGCUAAAUGAGGGUCUUGUUUUGUUGGUGAGUCUGCCUUUGUGCCAAAAGCACCUUCCUUAUUCCCAAAGCCCACCCUCCCAGUUUAAUGUCUUGCUAACACAAAGACAAUAAAAGGCCUGUCCUAGAGAUGGCAGCUGGCAGGGAGCAAAGGAUAAAGUUUAAAAUAUUUAUUUCCAUCGCUGAUAUGAGCUACGAAGAAAUGGUGGAUGAGACGAAACCAUUUGAGUUUUUUGGUUUGGAUUUGUUUGGUUUUUAAUAAAAA